GGUGCAGAGGGUGAAGGAGGGUGGUGGACAGAGAGUUAUGGAAACCUUGCACCACGAUCGGCCUCGCCAUGUCGUUUGCUGGCCUCAGUCGGCAACCCAGGCACCGACCCAGGCGACCUGGUUGACGAAGAGGCUCAGGAGAGGGACAAUUGCAGGCGCACACAUACACACACAAACAUAAACACAUGCCAGCCUCAACACCUGCUGUCCAGUCCGACAUUGCAAGGGCCUCUGUGCUCAUAUGAAGCUGGAGACCCGUAA